CCGUUCCGUACAUAGGAGGGCAGUGAGGACUACAGAAAGGACGUGUUCCCGUAGACCGCAGUAGCUACAACAGCCUGUCCGCAUCUAAGGAGCUGUCCGACCUUAGAGCGUGACCUGGAUGGGCAGAACCUUAGAAUCUCAGAGGGCCCAGUAAGCGCCAACUUACCCCCUCAAGUCGACCGAACACAGACUUCAUCAGUGAAGUGUAGACUAUAAAACCAUCAACCAACCGUUACGUACUCCAUUCUAUUGUUUUGGUUUGCUAACACUAAGACUUCCUGUUUGGUGACGUGGUGUAGUUUGAUUUGCUUUAAGUAAAGGUGUAUUAUACGUAUCAUAACGAUGAUAGAGAAUGCCGACUUCACGUGUUGUAUAUUUUCUUCUCCUGUGUUUUGUGAAAAUUGUUCACACAAAGCAGCCACAUAUUUUAUUUGUGCUUGCCGACGACUACGGAUAUAAUGACAUUGGUUAUCAUGGAUCGGAAAUCAAGACCCCAAACCUCGACAGGUUGUCUGCUGAAGGUGUUAGACUGGAGAAUUACUAUGUACAGCCCAUAUGUACACCUACUAGGAGUCAACUGAUGUCUGGCAGAUAUCAGAUCCAUACUGGGUUGCAACAUGAACUAAUUUGGCCAACCCAACCCAAUGCCUUGCCAAGGGACAGCCCCAUUCUGCCAGACAAGAUGAGGGAGGCUGGAUACUCCACGCACGCUGUCGGAAAAUGGCACUUGGGUUUCUACAAGGAGGAAUACCUCCCUAACAACAGAGGUUUUGACACGUUCUAUGGUUAUCUGACUGGAAGUGAAGAUUAUUACACCAAAACAAACUGUCAAGGACAAAACUUUUGUGGAAUAGAUUUACGAGAUAAUUUCAAGCCAGUUGUACCCAAUAAGGAUCAAUAUUCUACAGAGAUGUAUAGCAAGCGUGUCAUAGACAUCGUCAACAACUACAACUCAUCCAAGCCCAUGUUUAUGUACCUAGCAUUUCAAGCUGUCCACGCACCAUUAGAAGUUCCAUCCAAAUACCAAAAACAAUAUGCUCAUAUUAAAAACCACGCCAGGCAAAAAUAUGCAGGUAUGGUGUCAGCCAUGGACGAGGCUAUCGGGAACAUCACAGCAGCAUUCCAGGCCAAAGGAAUGUGGGAUGAUACCAUCAUGGUGUUCUCUACAGACAACGGCGGACAGAUAUUAAAGGGAGGUAACAACUGGCCCCUAAGGGGCUGGAAAGGAUCUCUUUGGGAGGGAGGAAUGCAUGGAGUUGGAUUUGUACAUGGGAAAACCCUACAGAAAAAAAGGGGUGUGUCCACUGAACUCAUACAUGUGACAGACUGGUACCCGACACUGGUGGGACUGGCAGGAGGCUCGCUAAACGGCACCAAACCUCUGGAUGGAUUUGAUCAGUGGAAAACAAUCAGUGAAGGAGCUAAAAGUCCGAGAAAAAUGCUGCUACACAACAUAGAUCCCCUGACCAAGCCUAUCGGAGAUAAACUGGAGGGGAGUCCGUUUGACAACCGUUAUAGGGCCGCUCUUAGGUGGGGAGACUGGAAGGUGAUCACGGGAAAUCCUGGCAACGGAAGCUGGGUCCCAGAACCGAAUGCUUGGAACAUCAACAGGAACAAUUUUACUUUUGACAUGAACGUUUGUUCUUUUGAUCCGAAAAAAAACAUUUGGCUGUUCAAUAUAGCUAAGGAUCCAGUGGAACGAGCCGACCUUUCAACAAGAUACCCCUAUAUUGUGAUGAAGCUGCUGACAAAGCUACAGGAGCUGAAUGAGACAGCUGUACCUUGUGUUUAUCCGCCCUUUGACCCUAACUCAAACCCUCAAUACCAUGGGGGCUGGUGGGGACCUUGGGUAAAGUAGGUUAUUCUUAGGUCGAGCGGCUUUAAGAGAAAUUGAACUGUUGUUAGUAUGUGCAGUAAUAACUUACUAUAGAUAUUUUACGAUAAACUAUGGUUGUUUUACAAACAAUCAUACGAACGUACCAAAAUAAACUAUGUAAAGCAAUAACGUUCAAGCGAACUCAAUUCAUGGUUAGUAAUAUUCGUUAUAAUUAAUUGGGGUUUUUCUCUCACAAAUGUAUAGGUUUAACAAUGAGGAUUUACUUGUGUUACAAGUAGUAUAUAAUAUUUGAAGGUUUAAAAAUAUUUUUUGUGCUAUACAUCUUUGAUGCCGAACAUGGAACUUGGACAUGUGAUAAAUAUACUAGUAAUUCAAUCUCAUACGCUAUUCUAGGAAAUGGGUAUACAAGGACAUGUCGUAAAUGUACAAUGC